UCCGCUCGAAACGUUUCUGUCACCCGAAAGCGGAAACAGUUCAAACGUCAUAUGACAGCGACUUUCUGCCCCUGUUCUGAUCUCUCUCUUUUUCCGGCAUCGUGUAUGCUAGCUGGACACAUUUUGUUUAAGCCUAACUGAUCAUGGCUGAUACCGCCACCGCUGCCGCUGCUACUAAGAAGCCGGCCAAGAAGGCCGCGCCAAAGAAGGCUGCCGCUAAGGCCGAGGCUGGUGCCAAGGCUGAUGCCGCGAAGGCUGCCCCGAAGGGAGACCGCAAAUCGCGUCAAACUCCGGAAGCGAUCCGUGCCCGUGUCAAGCGUGCGAAGGAGCUGCGCACCCCGAAACCGAACCUGCCGCGCCCGAAGAAGAGCUUCGGCCGUCUGUGGGCCAAGGCUGUGUUCACCGGCUACAAGCGUGGGCUCCGCAACCAGCACGAGAAGCACGCUCUGCUGAAGAUUGAAGGUUGCCGCAACCGCAAGAACGUCCUGUUCUACAUCGGCAAGCGGUGCGUGUACGUGUACCGCGGUAAGUCCAAGCAGAACCACCCGGGAAGCAACAAGAAGUCCACCAUCCGCGCCAUCUGGGGCAAGAUUACCCGUUCGCACGGUAACAGUGGCAGCGUUCGCGCACGAUUCCGCACCAACCUGCCCGGACACGCCAUGGGCCAUCGCAUCAGAAUCAUGCUUUACCCGUCGCGUAUUUAAGCGCAGUAAAUCGUGUGUACAUUUAUAAUGGAAUCCCCAACAAUAAAAAAGCGCGAGUGAAGACGUGAAUCCUCCUGGA